AUGGAAGAAGUUCGUCAAGCCGUCAGCGCCGACGCCGAACUGACAUCAAUGGAUCUUCAAAUGCCAAAUUAUAUCGGCGUUAUGUUUACUGUAGAGAUAAUACUGAGAACCCUGAAGUUGAUAUUCCUCGAAGGCUUCACCAAAUGGAGGAGGAGAUAUGUCAAGGAUGACGGUUGUUUUAUCGACUGUAACGACGUUGGAGUUGAGUUCGUCCAUGCCAAAGUGGAGGACCAGAUUGAUCAGCUUCUCCAUGGAGACCUCGAAAUGGAUUUGCUUGACCUUUUAUCGAAAUUCCCAACCAAAGUAGUAGGCAAUCCAUUAGUUGUGAUUCAAGUGAAUACGUUCGAGUGCAAUGGAUUAGCGAUUGGCCUACGCUUUACACACAAGAUUGGUGACAUGUACACCAUGGUCAUGUUCAUUAAUUCGUGGGCUACUGCUUGUCGAGGUAACAUAGACGCGAUAGUCUGUCCAAGUUUCGAGUUGUCAUCUCUAUUCCCAGUGAAAGGGUCGGUGGUUCUGAAGUGGUCUCAACCUCGUAUCGGCAACGAGGGUUACGUCAUGAGGAGGUUCAGGUUCAGCAGUAAUGCUAUAUCGAAGCUGAAAGCCCUGGCCAGGGACAAUGCAAAGGAUUCAAUGGCCUACACUUCCCAGCCUUCAAGGGGGCAGGUUGUUUCGGCACUAAUAAGUAGGGCUUUCUUCAGUAUUGAUCGAAAUACGCACAGUGGACACAGGACUUUCGUGGUUUGUACGCCAAUAAACUUGCGUGAGAAAGUCAGUCUAGCAAAUACCCGCGAAUUCUUGUGGCAAUCUCUUCGCCUUACUGUUUGCGCAGUCCGGUCAACCUGA